AUGGUGAUGCUGCAAAGUGUGCUUUCAGCAGCCCCCUCCUACUCCAUGUCUCACUUCGAUCUUCCUGUGUCUUUAUGCAAGAGAAUCCAGUCCACGGUGACGAGAUUCUGGUGGGAUAAUAAUGAAUAUACCAGGAAAAUGGCGUGGGUUUCAUGGUCUUCUAUGGCCAAACCAAAAGCACUUGGUGGGCUUGGUUUCCGGGAUUUCCAAGUGUAUAAUGCUGCCCUCCUUGCUAAGCUGAGCUGGAGACUAGUUCAACAUCCAGACUGCCUUCUGGGACAAGUUCUUAUGGGGAAAUACUGCACUGAAAACAAUGUCCUAACGGCCACAGAAACUUCUAACAUGUCUCAUGGGUGA